UCUCGACCGUAAAUGGUAAAUUGUAGUCAUUCGUGUGUUGACCACUAAGUGUGAAGGUGAUGGUACUGGUCUAGUUGGCGCGGUUUCGAAACCAAAAGUGGCUUUUCUUCUUCUCCAGGGGCUCUACUACCAAAACGCGUACCACCACCAUCAUGCUCAUCCUCUACCCCAUCUUCUUCAUCCUCCCCGCCAUGGCCUCCGCCCGCGCCGACUGCUCCAAAGAAGCCUACGGGGAAUGCAUCCAAAUAGCUGACCCAUUGGUCAAACAACCCCACCUCAUCUUCCCAGACAACAUGGACGACAUCGACCUCGUCUGUCGAACAUGGAACAAAUUCGUCGACUGCUUGAAGUACUAUACCGACAACUGCUUCACCGAACAGCAGCGACGCCAGUUCAACAAGGCCGUAGAAAACCCCAUCGAGAGCGUCCACCAGAUGUGCAUGCAACCCAGUUACCAAAAGGAGUACCUCCAGUACGCCCCGUGCAUCAAAAGCACGAUCACGGAACCCAUACACUGCGGAUCUCACUAUAACCUCCUGGUGGACCAGGUACAACAAGGGGAAAUUAUUUCCAAGUCGACGUUGUGUUGCUCGCAUGAUAGGUUCAAACAGUGCGUGCUGAAGGAAACGAGAAGGUUGUGUGAUCGGGGGGUUCCGGAUGGACCGGCGUUGAGGUUUGCGAGCCAUUUGAUCGACAAGGCGUUGAAGUUCUUGCAGGAUCAGUGCUACAACUAUAUCCCCAAUUCUGGGGACUGCACAAGCUUGACGACCGAAUCUCAGGCCUUCUCCGACCCUUUAACUAUUUCAACCUCAUCGAGUGAAGUUUACCCGUGGAGUACCAUUCAACAAGAUAUGGCUCCAAAAGAAAUCUUACCAUCAAGGGUAACACCACCCAGAAUGCCUACGACAUCGUCAUGGUUGCCAUCGUCGACUCUAUCUGUACAAAAUUCGGAAACUUCCCCCACCCAAAUGUUGGGUUCCAGGACCCGCCCGGCCUCCUUUGGUCGUGCCAGCACUUGGUCUGAGACCCCCAGUUCACCCAUCGCUGGUAACACGGUCCAAAUGUAUCCAGAAAUGUCAACCACCCCAUCCACGCGUCCCAGUUGGGCCACUAUGUCCAGCUGGACCCCGCAACGUCACACCGAAGCCGACAAAAGUACCACCUGGUACCCAGCUGCCGGUUCCCAGUUGAGUAACGAAGUUGAAGAACCCAACCAGCAAGGUCUCACCAAACCUAGGAACGAAGGCAUCAGAAUCGGACACGUUUUGGGGUUGACCGUAAUGGCCGUCAUUAUGACUUCUCUGUGUUAGAUACACAUAAUUCUGAUAAUAUUUAAGAAGAGCAAUAAUUUAUUUUAAUCAGCACUAGUCAGAUUACCAA